UGAUAAAGAAUUCCAGAGCCAGGCUCAAACUUCGGUUGUCCUUCCUCCAGCCGGAAAUGACGGCAGGACGCGAACCCCCCAGAUCGCUUCUCCACCGAAGGAAGCAAGACCAGACCAGCCCUCCACAACCCCGGUGAGUAUAGGUCAGACCAGAAGUGCAUCAUUGGACCAUUAUUGGGUCCUGAAUGGCGAAAGGAGGAGAAGCAAGCCAACCGUCCGCGAGGGUCAUGUCGACCCCGGAAGUGGUGGGCGCGAGGCUCCACCUGAUACUAAGGAUGCAUGAUGUCAAAUUAGUCCGCUGCAUUGUGUACAGGAGGUUAGUAAGACCACAGAUCUUAGUGUUUGACUCGGAAUGGUGUGCGAGUCUGGAGCUGCAAGGCAGGCCAGCGAAGGCGCUGAGGCAGCAAAACGGGCGAAUGGCCGAACGGUUUUUCCUGGGGAGCCAAUCACGGGACGUGAUUUGGGAGUGCAAAGAAUGCAAAGUCGGCUGUUCGUCCGCCUUCAUUUGCCGGUCUCCAACAUUGUUUGUUCACGCCGCCUUUUCUCCACUGUUUCCGUCUUCGCUUCUCUCGCCCUCCUCGCGCGGCAAACGCCUGCCCGUCUCAUUGCCGAAUGCCCUUCCAUAAUGCCUUUGUUCCAGACCACAAUUUGAUACUCCAACUAUCUACACGGUGAUGAGCUGCCUAGUGCAUACCAUACGCAACCCACGCAUGACCAGCACCUUCUAGCUUCGCACUAUUGUUCUCGAAGCCUACUACAUGAGGCAGUGUGAUGAGAUUGCCUACAACGGAUA